AUGAGGUAUGUUUCCGAUGAUCCGUCUAUGCCUGAUGAGGUUUUCUCGAGAAGGCUUUCUGUUUCGGAAGCUAACCAUAUGAUCAGACCGCUCCAAAAUGAAGAAAUUAAAAAUGUUAUGUUUAGCAUUGGUAAUUAUAAAGCGCCAGGGUCAGAUGGAUUUUCCUCAAAGUUUUUCAAAGCGUCUUGGGACAUUGUUGGCCGUGAUGUGGAGAUUGCCAUCCACAACUUCUUUUAUCGAGGUAACCUCCCGAAGAAUUUGAAUCAUACUCUUAUCUGUCUUCUCCCUAAAUCUGUUAAUGCAUCUAGGGUUACGGAUUAUCGGCCUAUAGCUUGUUGUACUGUGCUUUAUAAAUGCAUCAGUAAAUUAAUUGUCAACAGAAUGAAGGACUCUUUGGAUUCCUUAAUUGAUAAAGCCCAAUCGGCUUUUAUUCCAGGUAGGAGGAUUACGGAUAAUAUCCUGAUGGCGCAUGAACUUGUUUCUAGGUACCAGACCACGUCGGGUCCACCUACUGAAAGGGGAAUUUCCCCAGGCAAUUUUAUAAAGACAGAAAAAGAGCAAAACCAUACAAAGAGUAAUCAGCAAGAAAAGCUACGGCAACUUUGGCUUACAAACCAAGCCAUAAGAAGCCAAAAAAGACAAAGAGAAAUGCACCAAAAAAGUCGUUCGGGAUUAGCUCCAAGCCUUGAAAAAAGCGAUAUUUACUUUGGUAAUGUGCCUCCCAACAUAAAGGAGGUCAUUCUAGAGUGUCUUCCUUUCAAGCUAGGUUCUUUUCCUGUCCGAUAUUUGGGGGUCCCUUUAUCUCAGGCUCGGUUGAAGAUUUGUGAUUAUGCUCUGUUGAUUGCUAAUGUAAAGGGUCGCAUUCUUAAUUGGAAAUCCAAGUUUUUGUCGUUUGGUGGGCAACGUCAACUAAUUAUAUCGGUUCUCCAAUCACUUCAACUUUAUUGGAUGUCGGUUUUCUUAUUCUCGUCGGGGUUAAUCCAUGAUCUAGAAUCUAUUUUUAGGAAAUUCCUUUGGGCUCCAAGGGAAGUUCCUCGAGGUAGAUGUCGGUUAUCUUGGGAUAUGGUCUGUCGACCGCUUGAAUCUGGGGGUCUUGGGAUUAAGCGAUUAUCCACUUGGAAUAGGGCUCUUCUGGCUAAACAUGUGUGGGAUAUAGUGAGACAUCGGGAUUUCUUUGUGGCUUUUAUUUCGUACCGGUUUGUCCAUUCUUGUGGGUUCUCUACUUUUACGACGAUUCGUGAUUUGAUUAUGAGCUGGAAUGGUGUUUGGCCAGAUGAUUGGUGUAGCAGGUUUGCGGUAAUUCAUAAUUCUCCGUUACCUUUGUUGAAUGAUUCUGUUUGUGACAGAGUUCCUUGGGGGGAAGAUCGAAAUGCUUGUUCGGAUUUUACGAGACGUCUUCCUACUCAAGAUCGUUUCCUUUGGAAGGAUGAACCACCGGAGCUGAAAUGUUCGCUUUGUGGGCAAUGUAUGGAUAGCCAUGUCCAUUUAUUUUUUCAAUGUCAGUAUGCUCAUGAAGUUUGGAAUAGUAUCUUACACAUUACGGACCUGAGGGAUAUGCCUUCUAUGUGGGAUCAUAUUUUGGUAGUCCUUUCGGAUUCUAGGCGACAUUCGAAAUCCUUGAAGCAAAAACUGGCGGUGGCGGCGUCUGUGUAUUAUAUUUGGCAAGAAAGAAAUAGAAGACUCUUUACUGAGGAUCGUCGCACGACUUUGCAACUUAUCAAAGUUAUUCUUGAUUCUAUCUCCAUUCGUGCGGAUUGGUUGGCGCGUUGGCCUAUGCUAAAUGUUGGUUGA